AUGGAUGAGGAUGAGGACAAGGACAAGGACAAGGACGAUGAGGAAUAUGAGGAGCAAAAUCUGUUUAUAGUCCCACCACAACCGAGUGCUGAUAUGUCGGAUGAUGAUACAUUAGAAGGGUAUAAGGAAUCAGCUGAUGAACUAGAAGGUGACACUAUGUCCGAGGAAUCACUUGUGCAUGUUGUAUCUAGUGAGGAGGAGGCAAGAGAAAGGAAAAAGAACAAGAGGCGAAGAGCCAAUGCUCCUGUUAGGAUGUCAUCGGAUGUUUGGGCCCAUUUUCACAAGGUCAAAGAGCCAUCGACGGAGCAUCCGGGAGAGAUUGUGUUGAAGGCUGUUUGUAAUUAUUGUCCCAAAAAGAGGUAUGCGUAUACGCAAGGUGGCAGCACCUCAACUAUUGGAAGGCAUAUCUUAAAAUGUGAAGGUUUAAGGAACAAGAUCGCUAGGAAUGCCAUCCAAACAACUCUUGAACUGCGCAAAAUCAAUGGUCCAACAAGUGCUCCAACAAUGCACCCCUCUAUUGAGUACAACCAAGGAAUCGUCAAGGAGCUUAUUGCUAAGAUGAUAUGUGUGCAUGAGUAUUCAUUUAGAAUGGUUGAACAUGAGUGGUUCAACAUUCUGAUGAAGUGCAUGAAUCCAAAUUAUAAACCCAUUGGAAGGAAGGCAAUACGAGCCGAGUGCAUGAGGGUUUACAAGAACGAAAAAGAGGUGCUGAAAUCUCUCCUAAAGGGUGUGAGCUCCAUAUGUCUAACUACAGAUUUGUGGACAAGCAACCAAACCUUAUCUUACAUGUGUGUGGUUGCACACUAUAUAGAUGAGAAUUGGAACUUACAAACCCGUGUGCUUGCUUUCAUAGAGUUGGAUCCUCCUCACUCUGGAAAUGUCAUUGCGGAUGCUCUCUAUGCGGUUGUGCUAGAAUGGAAUAUUGAGACCAAAAUUAUGUCCGUCACACUUGACAACGCUUCAAACAAUGAUGGUGCGGUCGAUGCUUUGAAGGCCAAGUUCUUGUUCCGGAGAGGUAAGGACUUCGAAGGCCAAUAUUUUCAUAUCCGUUGUUGUGCACACAUCCUCAACUUGGUCGUGCAAGAUGGGACAGCGAUCUUAGAUAAUUUGAUAAACAGCUUGAGAGAGACGGUGAAGUACUUCAAGAGGUCACCUUCUCGUCUCCAUGCUUUUGUUGCCACUUGCAAAAGCUUGGGUGUCAAAGUUGGUAAUCAUUUACACUUGGAUUGUAAAACAAGGUGGAGUUCAACCUUUAAGAUGAUUAGCACUGCCCGUGGAUAUAAGGAAGCCUUGACCUCUCAUGCUGGUUCAAAUGCCAACUAUGCUUGGGCGCCGACAAACGCAGAGUGGGACAUGUAUGACCUUAUCUCUCCAUUACUUGAGAGUUUGGCUGAGGUGACAAAAGCAUUUUCAGGAAGCUUAUAUCCCACUUCGAACAUCUUCUACCCAUACAUUGUUGGUAUCAAGCUUGCAAUCAAACAUGCAAUGGCUAGUGACAGUGACCACUACAAGGAAAUGGGUGAAGCAAUGUUGGAGAAGUUUGACAAAUAUUGGGAAGAAAAGAACAAUGCCAUGGUGAUCGCAACCAUCUUUGAUCCUAGGUACAAGAUGGGUUACAUAGAGUGGGCCUUUGGAGAACUAUAUGGAGAAGGAAGUACGAGGUUUAGGACUGAGAUCAAAACUGUGGAGAAAGAGUUGGCAGCCUUGUAUGACAAAUGUGUUGCUCAAAAUAAGCAAGCUGGAAAUGGAGAAAGCUCAUCUUCCUCUACAAACAUUCCUAGUAUCCCGGUUCAAGCUGGGUACGAGGCCUUCUUAUCGUCCCGUUCAACAAGAAUAUCAAAGAGUGAGUUGAGGAACUACUUAGAGGAUGCGGUUGCCCCUCGCGACAAGGCUCUUGAUCUUCUUGGUUGGUGGAAAGAGAAUGCUCCAAGGUACCCAAUGUUGGCCAAGAUAGCCAAGAGGUUCAUUACUAUCCCGGCUACCUCCGUGUCUUCGGAAUCUACCUUCAGCACGACCGGAAGGAUUUUAGAUGACUAUAGGAGUUCGUUAAAACCGGUUAUGGUGGAGGCAUUAGUUUGUGGUGCAAGUUAUAUCAAGGGUGCUCAUGUUGACUUGAAUCUGGUGCCGAGGGAUGAGAAUGAAGAGGAUGAUGUUGAGAACAUCAAGUUACCCACUAUGGUGGAGGAGAUCAACGAUUGA